AUGCUCCGGCAACUCCACUCGCAGAGCCGCCACAUCACCGCCCCGCUUCAAGCCGCCGCCACCGCCACCGCCGCCGCCGGCGUUUCUCGUCUCCUCGUCAGCGGCUCCGCCCCCGGGCCCUGCACCCUCCCCCGGCGCACCUACGCCAAGGGUACCAAGCGUCGCGGCCGGCACGUCCGCCAGCGCCCGCUGACCAGCCCGGCACUCACCCCCCGCGGGCCGUACGAUCUCGCCUACUCCAGUCUCCGGCCGGGCACCAGCGCCGACCCCAAGCAGCAGGCCCCCUCGGGCCGUUCCACCCCGGCAGCCCCCGGCCCUCCGGAGGCCACAGAGGCCAACCGCCUCCUCCGGGAGCUCUCCCUCAACCAGCCGGCUCCUCGGCGCCCGGCCGACGUCGAGCACAAGGCUCCCCAGGGCACGGCUUGGGCCCGUGACAUUGCCCUCAGCGCCCAGGAGGCCCUCGCGCAGCAGCAGCCUCCCUCCUCGCCAGCCGGUAGUUCGUCCCUCGACUCGGAGUUUAGCCUGCCCGCUCUGAAGUCCGAGCUGGAGGCCCUGCGUUCCGGAGCCCCGCGCCCGACCACCACCACCGCCGGCCGCCGUACCGCUGCCCAAAAGGGCGCCCCGGCUGCCAGGUCCCCCGGGUCCACCUUCCUCCCGCCGGCCGACCUCUCGGAGGCUGUGCAUCUGUCGGAGCACCUGCAGGUCCUGUCGACCUUGCUGCCGGACUCCUUCCCCCGGCAGGCCAUCGCCCCGGUUUCCCCGGUUCCCAUCUUCGAGGGGCUCCAGCACGACGUCAAGGAGCACCGCCGGUUCCUGGCUCACCAGCAGCGCACCGGUGACCACUUGACCGAGGCCACCCGCGGCUUCCGUGAAAUCCGCCGCGCCGAGGCCCGUGCCCGCGCCGAAGCCAACGCCCCGGCCUCGCCUGCCGCCGCCGCCGCCGAGUUGCUCAACCCGCCGACUGCCCCCCAGGCCGUCAACCACUCCAAGAUGCCGGCCACCCCCCCGGCUUCCUCGGCCGCCGCGGCCAUGGCCGAUCUUCCUGCCUCCACGCAGGAGGUCCUCCGCGCUGCGGCUCGCCUGUCGGCUCGGCUCCAGUCCGAGCGGUCGCUGGCCCAGCUCCAGCGGCUGUCGGACGAGGGCCAGGCGGCCGCCGCCACGCCGGCUGCCGACCAUCCCCCGGCCCCCGCCAAGUCGGUCCUCGGCCUGCGCGCCUUCCCGGUGACCGACGACGGGGUGGUUGCUGCUGCCAUGACCGCCGGGCCUGAUGCCCCCGCUGGCGCUGCCGCCGCCGCCACCGCCGCCGCCGCCGCCACCGCCGCCGCUGGCGAUGGAUUGGAUGAGCAGCUUGCCCGUGUGUCCCUUUCGGAGGAGGGCUCUGCCUCUCCGUCUGGGGCUGGCACGGCCCCCUGCUCGCCGGGUGUCGGGCCCGAUGACACGCCGGCCGCGGCGGAGGCCCAUCUCCCGGGCAGCAUCCGGACCCUGGGCCCGGUGUACGCGUACGAGGACGACUCGGCCCGGGUGGAAACCCUGCGCAACACGCCGGCCAACUUGACGUACGUGUCCCGGCGCAACCGCAAUGUGGACGCCGUGUCGGCCGUGACCGGCAAGCUUCAGCGGCGCAUUUCCCUGGCGCACGCGGUGUCCAUCCUCAACCGGACUUGGGCCAACGACAUGUAUUCCGAGGCGGUGGAUGGUGCGGCCGAGUCGCAGUUCGUCGUGGCCGAGAUGCUGCUCUAUGGCUGGGGCAGUGUGCGCCCCAACCUCCCGAACGCCAUCAAGCUCCUGAGGGCCAGCGCCAACCAGCGCCACGUCCCCUCGCGCAACCAGCUCCAAUUCAUCAGCCAGAGGAUCCGGGAGGGGGCCACCGAGGAGGAGAUCCUGAAGUCCUUUGUUCCGGCGGCGGAAUAGCCGGCGUGUGUGAGGCACACGCGCCUGCGGGGAUGGGCACACCCUUUCCGCACGCCCUAGAUGUGCACCCCUCCCCGCCCGAAAGACCCAAUAUAUCCGACAAACUUCCC